AAAGCAUUGACUUAUCUCCUUUUUAUCUUUGUAAUCAUUUUAAAGAAGGAUCUUUGUUGUUAUUAUCUUUUCAAACUUAUAAGUUUAUCAAUAUUUCAAAGAUGUCUUAUGAAAACGAUAUCCUUUCAGCUAAGGAACUGUCCUUCAUUGCUCAAGAUUUAGAAAAAGUUUCAAAUGACGAUACCAAUAUAAGUUAUGGUGAAGUUGCUCAAACAGAACAUUUGAAUAGAUCUUUAAAGACAAGAAACAUUAAUAUGAUCACUAUUGCUGGUGUUAUUGGUAGUGGUCUUUAUUUAGGUACUGGUAAAAUGUUAGCUACCGGUGGUCCAUUAUCAAUGCUCUUAGCUUAUUUUGUUAUUGGUUUAAUUGUAUUCUUUAUGAUGUUAAGUUUAGGGGAAAUGUCUGUCCAAUAUCCAGUCUCGGGAUCUUUUACUACUUAUGCUAAAAGAUUUGGUAGUGAUUCUCUUGGUUUUGCAAUUCUUGCCAAUUAUUGGUUUAAUGAUGCUUGUUCUGUUGCUGGAGAUUUAACUGCUCUUCAAUUGAUCUUCUCAUAUUGGACCGAUUUCCAUUGGUAUGUUAUUUCUAUCAUCUUUUGGGUCUUUUUAUUAUUCCUUAACGUUAUUCACGUUAGAAUUUAUGGUGAAACUGAAUAUUGGUUGGCUCUUUUAAAAGUUGUCACAAUUCUUAUCUUUUUCAUUGUUAGUAUCAUUGUCAAUGCUGGUAAAAAUCCAGAACAUGCUUACAUUGGUUUUAAAUGGUGGAGUUAUGGUGAUGCUCCAUUUGUUGAUGGUAUUAAAGGUUUCUCUUCCUUGUUCGUUUCUGCUGCUUUCGCGUUUGGUGGUUUAGAAUCAGUAUCUCUUACUGCUGGUGAAACUAAGAAUCCUACUAGAGUCAUUCCAAAGACUGUACGUGCUACAUUCUAUCGUAUAUUUAUCUUUUACAUUCUUACUGCAUUCUUCAUUGGUAUGAAUAUUCCUUAUGAUUACCCAGGCUUAAGUAGUAGUUCUAUUACUACUUCUCCAUUCACCAUUGUUUUCCAAAUGGUUGGUGCUAAGGCUGCUGGUAGUUUCAUGAACACUGUCAUUAUGUUGUCUCUUAUUUCUGCUGGUAAUCAUGCUUUAUUUGCUGGUUCAAGAUUAGCUUUCAAUAUGAGUUCUCAAGGUUAUAUUCCAAAAGUCUUCUCUAGUCUUAACCGUUUUGGUAUUCCAUACGUUGCCGUCAUUUUCACUUGGUUAUGUGGUGGUUUAUGUUUUGGUUCUUCAUUCAUUGGUGCAGGAACUUUAUGGGAUUGGAUUCAAAGUAUUGUUGGUCUUUCUAACUUGAUUUCUUGGUGGUUAAUUGGUAUUGUUUCAAUUAGAUUUAGAAGAGGUUUAGAACGUCAAGGAAGAACCCAUGAACUUUUGAUGAAAAAUUGGUCUUAUCCAUAUGGACCAUGGUUUGUCGUCAUUCUUGGUGCAUUCAUCAUUAUUAUUCAAGGUUGGACAACAAUUAAACCAUUCGAUGUUUCUGGAUUCUUCCAAUCUUACUUGGAAUUAGGUAUUUUCCCAGCUACUUUUAUUUUCUGGUGGUUAAUCGUUAAGAGAGGUAAGGAUAAAUUUGUUAAGCUCGAGGAUAUGGAUUUUGAUACUGAUAGAUAUUACGUAUCUGCAGAAGAAAAAGAAGAAAAUGAUUAUGGUGAUAGCUUGAAAGGAUGGGCUAGUUUCAAAUACCAUUUCGUUGAAAACUUCUUAUAAUCAUUUUUCAUAAUCUUAACUUAUUUUAUUUUCCAUAAUGACCCGUAACGACUUUCUUAAUAUUUAGCAUUAUUUAAUAAUUUUUAAUGUAUUAUUAUUAUUAUUAUAUC